AUGGCGGAUGACAACAGGCCAUUCAAGUGUGACCUCUACCCCCAAUGUGUAGCGACAUUCUCGUAUGCACAUCAGAAAGCACGGCAUAUGAGGAAAGGACAGCACAAGAAUAGGGUGGAAGAGGCAGCAUCUGAAGGAUUGCGUGAUGAUUCUAGCCAGGGGGGAGCAGUGGAAAGGUUACGAGCAGCUGCAAACCGUCUUCUUUCACGAGGCACCAAGCGCACACGCCUUGAAACGCAGCCAGGGCCGAGCCGCUUUGAUGAGCAGCCUGACACGGCUGAGUUGAACGAGGACACCACAGGCUACGAGUUCGCCCCGGAGUGUGAUGCUACAGCGGUUGACAUUGAUGCUCGGACGUACCGUUUCAUUCGCACGGCAGCUGGAGGAUCCGGCCUUUCACGCGUAGAUAUUAUGGAGUUGAUAUCCAUCCUCGUCGAGGUUCUGCGCAACCCAGGCCGGCUAACGCUCAAGUCUCUAGCAGACUUCGACAAGUACGAGGAGGCGAAGUUGGCAGGGGCCAACAUUGAACCGUUUGAGCAGGUGGAACUCACAAAGCCGGGAGAUCUGAAGCCCGUGAUCCUGUGGCGGCGUUCGGCGCUCACGUGUGUCACCAGCUUGUACGAGAACGUGGCGAAUGCGCAUGGUUUCGUUGUGCGCCCUCCCAAGAACUUCAAUCCGGCGAAACGGAUUUACAAGGGUCCUGAGACGGGGAGUUGGUGGCGGGAGGUACUCCGUAAACUGCCAGCUACUGAUCCAGGCAAGGCAGUCGCUGCAGUGAUCAUCUACUCGGACGAAACAACUCUCACGACUGAUGGCGGACUCAAGGGUUGGCCCGUGUACAUCUCGUUAGCCAACAUUGCGCCAGGGAAUCGAUGGAAACCCCAUGGGCAUCGAUUAUGCGCUCUCCUACCCGAUGAUGACGGGAGCUUCUUCACGCACGCGGACAAGGAGCGGCGGCACCUUGAAGUAUUCCAGGAGGCCUUGGAUCUUAUCAUGGCGGAUUUGAAGAUUGCCCAGAACACUGGCGUGGAACUGACAGAUCCAUACGGCAUUCGUCGUAUGGUCUUUCCGCUCACGUACGCUUACAUUGGCGACUAUCCGGAGCAGUGCAAAGUGGCAGGCACCAAGUCCGGCAUCAAGACCCGUUUUCCAUGCCCCAGUGUGCGUGCGUGUGUGUGUGUGCGUGCGUGUGUGUGUAUGUGUAUGUAUGUGUGUGGGUGUGUGGAUGUGUCUGUGUGUGGGUGUGUGGGUGGGUGUGUGGGUGCGUGGAUGUGUAUGUGUGGGUGUGUGAGUGUGUGGGUGUGUGGGUGUGUGUGGGUGUGUGGGUGUGUGGGUGUGUGUGGGUGUGUGGGUGUGUGUCUGUGGGUGGGUGGGUGUGUGGGUGUGCGUAUGGGUAGAUGCGUGUGGAGUGCUAUAUGGGGGCAACGCUUUGGCGACGAGGAUUUCGGCAACCCGUACCGACAACUCACGUCCGACAUCAUGCACAUGUCUCUCCUCGGCGUAUACAAGCACAUCCUGGAGGGUCUCAAGUCGAAGCUGAAUGACUCCACCCUGCGGGAGCUCGAUGCUUCUCUCGAGCGGAUCACCAAGUACAGCAGGCAGUCUUUCUUUCGGAUUCCUGCACACACAGCUGGCUAUUUCAGCGGCCACAACACCUUCAAGGCCUUCCACCAUCAAGCGGUGAUGCAGGUGCUGCCAGUGCUUCUGGUGAUGGCGAAGGUUGACGCACGGAUUGUGGCAUCUGUGGAGCUCUUCUGCACGUGGCACAGGGAGGCAUGGCAUCGCACGUACCACACCGACGCCUCCUUGGCGAACCUUGACAACAUGGCGAGCACGUGA